AUGAUGUGGCGGAUCAUAAUAACAUGUCUGGCUUUAAAACUCGACGCUUCCUACGGAGCUAGCGUGGCUGUGGAUUAUUUUGAGGAAAAGAGCGUACCUUACCUUUGCUUUUUGACAUGUGGAUAUCAGUCGAAAAACAAGAAGCUCGCAGACGACUUUAUGAACAAAGGUGUGAGAGUUUCAAUGAGGCUAAUUGAUAAGUACGGCGCAGAUCUUGAGAGGAGUCUGCUUCAAUGGAACGUACCUGUCGGAGUGCUCCUGGAUGCUGGAUGCGAAAAUAGCGAUAUUGUUCUACGAACGGCUUCGAAGGCAAUGCUGUUCGACGCAAUGCACAUGUGGCUUAUUAUGGAGACUGCAGACGAAUAUGAAGAAAACAAAAUAAGAUCUUUAAAUGUACUACAGAGGAUGAAUCUUAGUGUAGAUGCUGAUGUUGUAGUGGCAUUCAAUGGAGCGGAACGCGCCCACCUAAUGGAUGUGUUUAACUUUGGCAAGAUCCAAGGUAACGCUUUGGAGACGAGGCUUAUUGGAAUGUGGGGUCUGGAAACAGGUCUGAACGUUUCGUUCAACAGAUUCAAGUAUUAUGAUCGUUGGGAUUUCCACAAUUUGACGCUGCGAGCCAUAUCGGUGAUCUUAGAUAGUCCGAAAGAGUUUAAGCCAGAGAUGUUGUCAGACUUGGGCUACACAGUCGGAGUGUCGGUGAUGACCAAAAUCGUCACUCAAUUACUUUGGGUCCUUAAAGAUUUACAUAAUUUCAGGUUCAAUUACACGAUAGCGGGGCGGUGGAUCGGCUCUCCGGAAAGAAAUUCUACUUUGGCUGUCACCAACUCGCUGUACUGGGGCGAGCAAGACAUCUCGUGCACUUGCGCGCGGAUAUUCACUCAGUGGUUGGACUGGGUCGACGUAUUCUUUCCACCUGCUACGACGCUUGAGACGAAAUUUUACUACCUUAUCCUAGACAAAGGGGUGGGUGACUAUGAGAACCGUUUUCUAACCCCUUUGUCGGCGGGAGUAUGGUGGUGUACCGUGGUGGCGUGUAUCUUGUGCGCGCUGGUGCUCGCCGUCACUGCGAUGCUCGAGGAUAGAAAGGAGCCGGGAUUGUAUGCUGCGUUUAGUGUUUUUGCUGUUAUUUGUCAACAGGCAUACGAAGAUGGAGUCAACUUGUUUGAAGAGGUGUCUUCGAGUCAAGGGCGACGUCUAAUCCUAUUAGUAGUGGGUCUAAUGAGCAUGUUGCUGUAUAACUACUACACAAGUAGUGUGGUCUCGUGGUUGCUGAACGCGGCCGCGCCCACGCUCUCUGACAUGGACGCCUUGAUCAACAGCGACCUGGAACUGGUGUUUGAGGAUAUUGGAUACACGAGGGGAUGGCUUGAUAACCCGGGAUUCUUCUACUACAGUGGCUAUAAAAAUCCAAAGGAGGAUGUUCUACGAAUGAAGAAAGUGACGCACGGCAAGCGCACGGCCGCGCUGCUGCAGCCGGCCUCCGCCGUCAGCCUCAUACGGUCUGGCGAGUACGCAUACCACACCGAGCCGUACAACGCGUACCAAGUGAUAUCCAGGACGUUCGAGGACAAAGAGCUUUGCGAGCUCGGCUCCUUGCAGAUGAUGGCGCCCGCGUACGUCUACAUAAUGGCGCAAAAACGGAGUCCGUAUAAACAGUUUUUUGUUUGGAGUUUAAUGCGUUUAUUAGAGCGUGGCCAUACAACCGCCGCGCGGGCGCGCGUGAGCGGACACACGCCGGCGUGCUCGGGCCGCACGCCGCGCGCGCUCGCGCUGGGGCAGGCCGCGCCCGCCUUCGCCAUACUGGCUCAAGUUGCCCUCUUCUCAUUAAUUAUAUUAGUUUGUGAGAUUUAUUGGCAUAGCCCAUCAAUAUUUCUUACAGGGCCCAGAUCAAAAAAACAACUCUACGGGCGUUCAAUAAUCGCGCACAUAACGCACAGUGGAGUGAUUCCCGUGGAGCAUAAAAAAACAAUAAAGAAAAGAUGUUUGACGGCCCGCGCCGUGAAGGGGCUACCU